CAAUCUUUUUCACUGACUCUUACAAAAGCCUCUACAUUUUUCACAAUCUUCAAUUGAUUCAUUUUCCUUUCGUCUUCCAGAUCCCUCUAAAUUGUUCAAAACCCUGUUUUUUGUUUUCUUCUCAGAGCCUCUUAUUAUAUUGCUGCCAUUCAAGCAGGUCUUGCAUGAUGUCACUGCAAAUGGAAGCUUGAUGAUAAGCAUAUCUUUGAUCUGAAGCAACAGUGCUUCAUUUAAUGCGAUCAAUCUUAGCCCGUGAACCAGUGAUUGGAUUCUAUCUUCUUUGCUCAUAGCAUUGAACAUUUCCCUAAAGAGUUCGUGUCAGACCUCAAGAAUUUGCUCAUUCAUAAAGAAGAAGGGGAUCAAAAUUGGAGCUUGGGAUCUUCUUCUUCAAAAAUAGAAUAAAAAACCUUUGUUGGCUAAAUGGGUGCACAAAAUUUCUUCUAUCUGUGCAAAUUAGUUGGAGACUGAGAUUUGAUUUUAUCGUAAUUGGUAGGAGAACAUCUUAGAGUUUAGUAAUAUAAAAAAACCCAUUCGAGAAAGAGGUCUUUUGGAUUGAAAAGAUGGUUUUUUAGUUCUCAAACUGGCCAAUUCAGAAGUUGGGUAUUGAGUACUGGAGCUAAAAACACUUCUGUGCAGUGGUUUUAUUUGUUUUUUAAUUGUUUCUGAUCCAAAUUGGGAAGAAUGCUAGAGCCUGAGCUCUGUUCUUCUAGGAUGCUAUCGCCUUUUCGUGAGGAAAGCGGGGAUGAGGAACUUUCAGUUCUUCCCAGGCACACCAAGGUCAUUGUCACUGGAAACAAUAGAACAAAGUCUGUCUUGGUGGGUCUGCAAGGUGUGGUCAAGAAAGCUGUUGGACUUGGGGGUUGGCACUGGCUGGUUCUGAAAAAUGGGGUUGAAGUUAAACUGCAAAGGAAUGCAUUGAGUGUGCUGGAACAUCCUACAGGGAAUGAAGAAGAUUCUGAUCAUGAUUACUCUAGCAGCAGCUCUGACCAUGGUGACAAGGAGAAUGAUUUCUCUAGAUGUCUUGAGUUUCACAAAUCUAGUAAACCAAGAGUUCGAUACCCAAGGCCAUAUGUUCCAUCCACAUUAACCAAGUCAAUAAAUCGCGGAAGUUAUAGAGAAGUUCAAUCCAUCCACAGACCUCAACCGAGGGUAAACUUGGCAAAACUAGGAACAAGCACAUUGCGGAGGUAUUGCAGACACUUCAACCUUCUAACCAGCAAUUCUAAUCCAACAAGAGAACAAUUGAUCAAUGUUGCACAACGACAUUUUAUAUCGCAGCAGAUGCCAUUGGAUGAAGUAUCGGUGGUCACUGAAUUCGUCGAUGCUACCAGGAGUCGGAAAUAUGCUGAGUGGGCUGGAAAACGUGCAGAGCGAGAGAUGUGAAUGUUGAAAGGAAGGAAUGCUUGUAUAAUAAUAUACAUAUAUAUAUCUACCCUAACCUUUAGAUCAGAUCUAAUCAUAGACUGAUAUGGAGAGUGAUGUGGAGAGUGUUUGGCUUACUAUAAUCUCUCCCUCCAACCCUAACUUUGUGCUACAGGGCUCAUACCUUACCCAUGCUAUAUAUCAUCAAUCAUUAGAUAU